AUGUCUCCUCUCACCACCAUCGGUCCCGUGACGAGGGCAUGGUACCGAUGGAAGGCCCUCCGUCUACCAUGGCGCAGGCAGUUCCUCGUCGGCAUCGACCUCCAGGGCAACACAUUCUGGGAGUUCCGCCUGGCAGGGACUUCCAGCUCCGACCGCUUGCGCCGCAUAGUCAGGUACCCGCGGUCGACGCACUACUCCGAGGUGCGCAUCACGCCCCAGUGGCACCAGUGGCUGCGGUACACGCGGGAGGAUCCGCCCUCCGUGGCCGAGCAGCGCACCGACGUCGCGCGCCAGGAGCGCAUCAGGGAGCUCGCCGCCCAGGCCGAUGCGCGGUGGGAGGCCAAGCCCAGACUCGCCGGGCACGAUGAGACGACCAGGCAGGAACUUCAGCAGCAGCAGAAGCAGCAGCAGCGGGCAGUCCUCGGGGGCGACAAGACGACGACGACGACGACGACCGAAAUUCCUGACAUCAGCAAUACCGCUACGGCUACCGAUCUCGAUGCGAAUCCGAAUACAGACAGCGCUCCGGGAGAGACGAUGAAGAAGAAGAAGAGCAAGAGGAAGGGUGUGCAGGCCAAUCCUGACCCGUGGGCUAAAGCCAAGGCCUCCGGUCCGAGUGAGACGUGGCAGCCACAGGCUUGGUCUCCUACGCCGCGAAAGAAGUAA